AUGGACUUCUCAAAUUCAAUAUCACGAAAGCACCCGGCGGAGUCGACAAACUUUACAACCCCCAUAAAAAGACGCCGAACAACCGUAGUUCACACACCUGUUCCGCAGAAUGCCCGGAUCAUGUUCGACAAGUCACAGAAUUCGUCAUUUACAUCUUUUUCGUCAGCCGAAGGGGGAAUUCCUUCUACCGCUCCGCGUUUGCGUAUGAAUGCACCAAUUACUCCUGGUCAACCCCGUACUGCAGCACCGGACAUGGGCGCUCCAAACACCGUGGGUGGCAAUAGGACGAAGCUCCUAGAACCUCGUUUAUUUGCUCCAAAGCCCUUGCAAUCGCCAUUUGCAGCACGCUCGAUGCGGAACAGAAAGCCAACAGAGUCUAGUUUUAGGUUUCUUACACAGCUGCGGAAACAGCAGGCAGAGGCAGCAGCUCGACCCCCUGCUAAAGUUAACCCUCCCGUUCCCGUAGCGAUGUCACCAUCUGAAAACCCACCUUCAUCUAAAGGCUUAGCAGACUCAGCCAAUGGAUCGCGUGUAGCAAUCUCUUCAGCUACAGCAGUGCAGACCCUCACUCCUGCGCGUAGAAUUCAUAAACCCAAUUUUAGAUCUGAACGAAAGCCAUCGCCAAGGCCUCCAGGCUCGCCCUCGAUGUAUCAUUUUGGGGGCAAUACGAGCACAUUACAUUUACCCUUUUUUGGCACUAGUGCACAAAGUCCUACUGCUUCUAGUCCAAAUGCGCCCGAACCGCGGCUGGGAUCCUUCGUGUCUAAACCUUCUUCCGGGGAGACUGCUGUUCGAGCUGAUGGUAUUAUAAAUUUCCUCGCUAGUUCAAUCGAGAAAGCUAAACAAGCCCUCGCUGGAAACCGCGCCGAUCGUAAUGAAGAGCGGAAAGAGAAGGAAAAGGAAGCUAUUCGGAAGAAGAUUGAGGAAGAACAAAGAAUCAAAAGGGAUGAAAUCUUCAAAGCGGAGAUACAACGUGAAAAAAAUGAAAGGGAAGAGAGAGAACGCGAAGAGAGAGAACAACAAAUUUGUGAAACGGGAGACAAAGGUAAAAAUACGGAGAGGGAUUGGUAUGCAGAUGGCGCUCCAUCAUUUGUGACCGAAGAUACAAUUCUCGAUCCAGUGGAUUACACGCCGAAUGGGUUCCAUGAAACUACUUUUGUGGAGGAAGAGUCGACCCAAAAUCAAAAUCCCUCCAUUAUUGCAUCGUCACCCAUUGUGAGGUUUAAGGACCUAUUAGAGCAAUCUACCUCCCAGGCCCAAAGUGUUAAUCACGGCGGCCGUGAGGCAUCUUCCGAGGAAAGUGAAGAAGAGGAGGAAGAGGAGGAAGAGGAGGAAGAGGAGGAAGAGGAGGAAGAGGAGGAAGAGGAGGAAGAGGAGGAAGAGGAGGAGAUGCAGAGGAGACCGGUUGUUAAGGACAGACCUAGGUCCAAACCUACAGAAGUUAUUUGUAUUGAUUCCUCGUCCGAGGAUGGGGGCGAAGAUGAAGAAAUUAUACAAGAGGCAGAAGAAGAGGAAGGAGAGGAGGAGGGCGAUGAAGAUGAAGACGAUGAAGACGAAGGCAAGGAUGGAACUGUAAACAUGAACCCUGCGCCUAAAUUUUUAUUCGAUCAUCCCCGCAAACUUCCCGGUACCGAAGAUCCUGAGGGUGAAGACGGUGAAGGGAUUGAAGAGGAUGAGUAUGAGGAGUACGACGAGGAAGAAACUGCAGAUUAUGAUGACGAGGAGGAUGAAGGUGAGGAAAUUGCACCAAGCUCGGCCUAUAAGUCAAGGCAGUUUCUUGAGGAGGACGAAGCCGAGGAAGUCAUCGAGCAAUUUGGAGAUGAGCCAGCGGACUCCGGCGAUGACGAAGAAGAAGAAAAGGAACCGAGCUACAUCGAGGAAGAGACCGAAAGGGAUGAAACUGAUCAUGAGGGCUAUGGACAUGAGACUUCAGUAGUAGAAGGCGAUGUCGGUCACAGUUUGGACUCAACCGUCGUGGUUGAUGGGUCUAGCCAAUAUUCAUCCAUGCUGACCAGGAAGUCUAUUCCAGUAACCAAACUUCCAGGUGAAGGUCAGGGGAAUGUAGUCCUAGAAGCUAUUGUCAGCUCACCUGCACAAGAUUCGGACCCAACUCUGGUUUCUCCACACCAGGAGCAGGACGCUGAUCAACACUCCCCAUCUCGUUCUAUCACCCCAACUCCAACCAGUCUAGCGGGCAUUGUUAUCAUUGAUGAUGAUGCCUCCGACGGGGAAUUGCAGCAUGAGUCCAAGGAUGUUGAACCGCAGCCAGACUCUCUCCAAUUGGUUUCAGACAACGAAGAGCCCUCGGUGGUGGAAAACCCGGGUAUCUACAUAGAUGAAGAUGCUGAUGUGUUUAACCGAUACGAUAAACACAUUGGGAAAUGUGACGACAGCGGCCAUUUCUUUGCCGAUACAGAUGACAAGGCCAUUGGGUUCAUCAGUGCAGAAGGUGUUUUCCACGGGUUCCAGGAAGAUUCGGAGAAGGGUACCAGGGCGUUGACCAAUUCAGAGUUGAACGGGAAACCGGGAAAUGACGAUCCUAACUAUGUGGAUGAAGAAGAGGAAAACGAAGAAGAAGAGGGUGACAACGAGAUUGAGGCAGAUUUCAAGAGGGCUCUUGAAGAGGAAGAGGAAGACGCCGAGGCCGAGGACGACGCAGGUCUCGAGAAGCAAGAAGCUCUCCCGGAUGCUGUUGAGCCUGAACCCAGAGAAGUUGUUUUCACUCCCGCCAAGGAAGGAGAAGAUUCCUUCUUCCACCACGGAAAGGAGCAACUCUCAACCCCGAAAACUUCAUACCGCAUGAUGAGCAAUGAUGAAUUAUCGAGGAGUUUGAGACUUAAUAAGGAUGGAGGCCUUAUUGUCAAGGAAGCUACUCCCGAGCCUCAGUCAGAUGAAGAUGAGACACCAGUCGACCAAAUCUCGGAGAACAAGGCCGAGCUAGACAAAAAGAUUGAAGACCCUUUGUUAGACCCAGCUUUGUUAGAAACGACCCAAGCCCCAGCCACGACCUCCGAAAAAGAGGAAAGAUCAUCGCCAGCAUCCCCAAUUGCCGAAGUUGAGCUUACUGUUGAAUUAGAAGUUGAAGUUACUAAAAUUGAAGCUGGACCCGAGAAUGAGGAUGACGAAGAGGCCGAUACAACAAUGCAGACUUGUGCUGAAGGAGAGGACGAAGCUGACACAACAAUGCAGACUUGUGUUGAAGAGGUUUCGAUUCACUCUGAGAGUAUCGUUAUCGUCGAGCGCGAUGGUGGUGAAGCUGAUGAGAGUGAGGGCGAGGGCGAGGGCGAGGGCGAGGGCGAACCUUUCCCUACCCUCCUUCCUGAUUCAUUCCAUGAUCGUUCUUCUAUGGUUAGAGAUUUCAGAGAAGGCACUGUUGAAGAACAGAUUAUCGAGUGGCAGCAAGGUGAUAAGAGGGAGAGCUACCAUAAAUACAGCAUCAGAGAGGAGGACGAGGAUAGCGCGAGUGAGAUGGAAGAGGAAGGAGCUGUCGAGGAAGAGGCGCCGAUGGAUGAGAGUGUAGGGGGAGAGCAGCCUGAAGAGGAAGAGAAAACAGAUGUUGAUGAACCUGAAGAGGGAGAUGAGAUCAUGAAUCCAUACCCCAAGAUUCCAAACCAAUCGAUGUUCGGAUCUAUGCCACCUACUGCACCUUCGUCAUUUGAUACGAAGUUAGCGACUGCUCCUCCGUUUGGGUUUAAACCACCAUCUAUUGCCACAUCGGAAACAGCUGGAGAAAGGCUGGCAACGGCUCCGUUAUACUCAUUCACCCCGCCAACCUCUUCCCCAUCAGAGGCAUCAUCAGCAGAAAGGUUGCCUGCAGUGCCACUCUUUGUCUUGAACACAUCCACCAUUUCUACUCAACCCCUGGGUGAUCAGUUGCCGAUCACACCAUUGUUCGGGUUCCAGCCACCUAGCUCCACUCCAUCGGGAUCAUCUGGAGAAAGACUAGCAACUGCGCCGUUAUUUGCUUUCCGGCCGCCUACCUCCAUGAAUGCAGAAGUGUCAACUGAGUCUGCUGUAGGGAAGGUCGAAUACCCUGCCCUGGCAAGCAAGCCAUCAUUUGGGUUUAAUCCACCUACCACUUCUUCGUCUUCUGCCGGUGGAGAGAAGCUGGCAUCUGCGCCCCCGUUUGGGUUCAAGCCACCCACCACUUCUACGGUUCCAGCUGUCGGUGAGAAAUUGGCAGCAGCACCGUUACAUGGGUUUAAGCCACCGUCUGCGGCUCCAUCAGAAACUGUACUAGUUGAGAUGUUGCCAGCAACACCACUCUUUAGCUUCACACCGCCCUCUUCAAUACCCGCACCGGCGGUGGAUGAGGUUACUGUAACGGGUACUGGGGCUGACGUCGAGACUGUUCUUGAUGAGAGUAUCGCGGAAGAGGCGAAUGUCACGGUAGACCUUGGUCUUGGCGAGGAUGAUGUAACUCUAGUACUAGAAGAUGAGGAAGAGCAUAGCGCGGAGGAAGCGCAAGAACGAGAGCCUGCUAAGGUCACAGGAGAUUACGAGAUAGGAGAAAACACAUCAGCCUCAGAGCGUGAAACAACCGCAACUCCUCCGCCGUCGGAGGCGAUCAACAAAAAGAGGAAAAGGGCGGGGAAAACACCUGAUACCAAUACUCCGGAGGAAAACCAAGAUGUUGAAAUGGUCGACGAACUCGCUCACUCUCCUGCGUCUAAACCCAAGAAGGGACGUGCAGUACGUGCAUCAAAGCGUACUGCUGCGAAGAAGCGUAAAGGUGAUACCAACUUUGUCCCACCAGAUGAAAGCGAACACGAGGAGGACAUGGAAGUCAAAGAGCCGGAAGUCAAAAAACGCCGUACCACUCGCAAGAAGACUUCAGCAGGCAGCACAAAAAAAGAGGACAAGGAGCCAUAUCUCGAAGACGAAAAGUUGGAAGACGAGUUCAAGACCGUUGAAGCUGCCGUUGCCACCGCACUCGAUCCUGAUAUUCCACCAAAGGAAACUGUUGAGUUGCCCGAUGGAAGUGUAGUUCCCGCCAUCCAACCUGAAGAAGUUGACAUCUCACUCGGGAAGGAGUUGAGGGAUGGGAAGGUCGUUGAGCCUUCUUCACAGCCAAAGCGGACUAGAAAAAGGGCACGUGAAGCCUCAGUUGAACCGACAAAGCAGGCAGCCAAAACGACAAGAUCAGCCGCCAAAAAAGCAGUCUCUCUCAGAGAAACCUCUCUCGAACCUGGAGUCGCUGAGCCCGAGGUGGAGGAAGAGAAGGAGGACAGGGUUGAGGAGAAGAUGGCGGAGGAGAAGAUGGUGGCGGAGGAACCUGAAUCUCUCCUAAAGACGAAGAAGGUGGCUGCCCCUAUUGCUCCCCGUCGGGGACGCUCAGCCUCAGUCGAGCCUUUGCUCUCAUUUGAGGAGCGGCCGAUAAGAGCAACCAGGGCUAGGAAGACGCCUUCUGUUAAGGAACCUUCCGUUGAACCCGAGGAGCAACCGCCGAUUAGACUCUCCAGAGCCAAGAGAACCCCUUCCAUCAGGGGAAAUUCCGUUGAGCCAGAGGCUACGGGUGAUAUGGACAUCAUCACCCUUCGCAAUAGAAAAGUCGUCGUCAACCGUCAGGGCUCUGUUGACCUAUCGGCCGAUGAGACUGAUCGUAGCACCAACACCAUUCGCCGGAGUUCUAGGCAUAAGAAGGCAUCUGCAGCAUCUGCAGCACCUACUGAUGCACCGUCACCCCCUUCAAAAGAAAACGUCCCCGUGACUCCCAAAGCCAAACGAGCACGGAAACCACCGGUGAUGAGUGCAAUCAAGGAAGCUGAGGUGGAAGCGAGUGCGAAGAAAGUCCGAAGGAGCAAGAGAAAAGAGACAUAA